AUGGCUGCCGCCCCAGGACCGGAGGCGGAGGCAGUGACAGAAACGCUCCGCCUUUCAAUGUCGCACUCUUCUGAAAAAUCCAGUCCUCCAGGCUCGUCAGCUUCGACUACGGUCACGACGCCCGAACAAUCGCCUGGCGCGGAUGACGAUAUCUGGGACACUUCUUCGGACUACCAUGACCACGACGCCCACGCGCACGCCCACAACGGCGAUGUGGGACAUGAUGGUGAUGGAGGUUCUCAAUUCGGUCUGGACCCGAACUCGUCGGCCAUCACGCCGCGCCCUCCGCGAGCCCAGAUUCUAAGCGAUAUCCCCUCUCUCCGUCGGCAACAUAUGACUGACGGAUACCGUGAAGGACUGGGCGUGGGCAAGGCCCGCGUCAUGCAGGCCGGGUUCGACGCCGGGUACCCCUUUGGCGUGGAGAUUGGAAUGCGAGUGGGCCAAAUAUUGGGAGUCCUGGAGGGAGUUGUAUCGGCCGCCACUGCAACUUCCACUACAUCUACAACUACGAGUACAAAUUCUGGACGCGGUGCCAAUGUUGGGCGGAGGGGAGGGCUGGUUGGAUCCGACGAUGGUGUCUCUUCUGGUUUAUCGUUCGGCACCGGGUCUGUGUCAAUGUCUCAUGGAUCUAAUGCGGCAUCUGGCUCUGAGUCCACUCAAACUGCCUCAGCUAGGAUUGCCGCGUCUGGACAAGCUUCCGUUGAGAGAGACGUGGCUGCCAACCGCGGCAGUCGUGGAGGUGAUACGGACACGAGUGCCGUCGAAGUCCAAUUCGUACACCGACUUUAUGAACGCGCCAAGAUAGAAUUGAAGAUCUCGGAACUCUUGAAGGUGUUGGAUGACACAAGGAUUUCCGAGUUGCAAAACAGUCACCAGAUUGACGAUGACGUAUUGGGUGAAGAGGAGAACAUUUCCAAGGUUCAGAGUGCACGCCAGAAGGCAAAUCAAUGGGAUGAGGUGCAACGUCAAAGGGAAGAAGAGAGCUCUCGUCAAGUGGAAUCGACAGCAGAGGAAGCGAACAAUCAGCAUCAACCCAGAAAUCCAGGUUUCGCUCUACCACAUGAGAUCGAGACCGUGCUGGCCAAAUGGGAGAAGGUAGUUUUGGGCAGCCUGAGCUGA